AUGAGAGGCGCGAUUCCCGCACUAGAAAAAUUGGCAUUGACGCUGCGAUUUCUCAGCACUGGAGAGUCUUACGUGAGUUUGGAUUACCAGACCCGUUUACCCAAAUCUUCAAUUUCCAGUAUAGUUCCUGAGGUAUGCAGUGCCCUUUAUAACAAAUUGAAAUCGUUGUAUUUAAAGUUUCCAAACAGCAAUUCAGAAUGGGAGGCCAUUGCAAAAGAAUUUGCAGUUAAAUGUCAAUUCCCCAACUGCAUUGGCGCGUUAGAUGGUAAGCAUAUAACUUUUCGUCCAUCACGUACUGAAGGAGCUUUCUAUUACAAUUAUAAAGGGACUAGAAGUAUAAUUUUACUAGCCCUGGUGGAUGCUAAUUCCAAAUUUAUUUUCGUGGACGUUGGUUGUAACGGUCGCAGUAACGAUGCUGGAGUAUUUCUGCAAAGCAAAUUAAGGGAUGUUCUGCAAGAAGAGAAGGAAAUACCAAAAGCUGCUUCAAUAGGAAACGAUUGA